AUGGUGCCGGUCGUAUCUGAGUCACUGUCGAAUGAGACCAACGAACAGCGCCCGAGGAAACGAGUUCGCAUGGCCUCCUGUCACCCAAGUGCGAUACCAAGCGACCUUGUGCCCUUUGCAGUCGCUCAGCCGUUGAGUGCGUCACAGACUCCCGAGAUCUCCCCUGGUACGUUCAAGAAUAAGCCAUUCAUCUUCCUUACUCCUAUUGUAACACGAAGUGAGCGUAGGCAAAAAAAUAAAGAUAGGGACUCUGCUGUUGAUAGCAGUGGAUCACCAACAACGGUUUCCUCAAGACCUGACCGAACAUUACCCGAAGCUCUUCUGCCCAAUCCAUGGCUAUCGGAAAAACCGUGGCGACAGACUUCUUUUCAUGAAACCAGCCAACUGGAUGAGAAUACAACGGUUCCCCGGAAUUAUCCCCGAGAUACCUCAGCCGUAAAGUUGACACAGGAGAUCUUACAGCAAUUGAGCCCUGAUACGUCACUGAAUACCGAUACUUCAGCAUUACCGGGUGGCUCAGGCAACAAUACAACUCUGUCUUCAGAUGCCGUUCCGAUCAAUCAAAUACUGGGAUUGAAUUUGCCCUCCAAAGUCGUUUCAGAUGACUUGUUCAACGCCUACUUUGAUUCCGUGCACUGGUUCAUGGUCUUGUUCCAUGAGCCUUCAUUUCGUCAACGAUACGAUGCCAUCAUGUUGACAGGUCAAGCUACGCCAGAGGAUCUUCCGUUUCUGGCUUGCUUGAUGCUGGUUCUUGCUAUCGGAGCUAGAUAUAUAAACCGAAAAUCAAAUCUCUCCUUGGAGGUGGCAGAUACAGACCUGGACGCUCUGCAAAGCAAUUUAUUGAAUAGCACACGUGUGCACUUGUUGGAUAUUGUAGAGCUUGGGGGAGUUGAAGGCGUCCAGAUAUGUGUUCUUCUGAGCACGUUUUAUCUUUACCAUGAUCGGCCGAAUCUAGCCUUUGCCAUCCAUGGCAUGGGAGUCAAGUGUGCUCACACUAUGUGUCUUCACCAAGAAGCCACUUGGAAAGAGCCUACAACCCUGACCCGUGAAGUCAAACGACGAGUAUGGUGGGCAUUGUACGUUGUUGACUGUUUCUAUUCCAUCAUCUUUGGCCGCCCGCGCUCUAUUCGAGACGAGGAGUCACAUGUGGCCAUGGUUCGAAAUCUUGAGGAUACAGCUGCCCGUCAUCCAUCUUUUAAUUCCACCGAGAGUGUUGGCGAGUCAAUCUAUCCAGUCACCAUCUUUUCUUACCAGCGUUACAAGUUCGUUCUCUACACGAUAGCGGCUCGUGUUAUGCGCGACAUUUACUUUGAAAACUCCUCAACGUCGCUGACAUCAGUCUUGCACACCAUUCGGUCGAUAUGCCGGGACCUUGAGUCGUGGUUUCAGAGCCUCCCGCCCGAACUGAAGCACCCGAGCGACAACGAUUCCGAGUUCGUGAUGCAGCAAGACCAAGAUCCCCUGACAAGCAAUACUGUGAGGAUAUUUAGACUGCAGGCCAUGGCUUUACAGCUCGCCUACGAUAACAUACAAAUUCUACUUCAUCGGCCAUUAUUGCAACUUCCCCUUGGGCUAUGUUCCCCAUCGCAUGUUGUUCAUGGUAUGCGCAGCACGGAUGCAUCGAAUGUCAAGGGCAAGACAGCGAACAAGCCAAACCCGUGUGCCGUAGACAGUGCAACAUUGGCACUGAGCAAAACUCAGUGCUACAAGUCUGCAGUUCGGACAGCUUGCCUGAACGCUUCAAUUGUUAAGGAGGCGAGGCACACUCACGCAGCAUCCUAUAUCGGUAUACAGUUGUUCACAGCUGGCAUGGUUCUCAGCAUUGUGGCGCUUUCAGCACCGCUCUCGUCAGAGGCUCAGCAGGCGAAAAGGGCUAUUGGCCGCAUUGUCUCUACAACGGCCUCGAUCGGAAACAAAACACUCCUGUCGACCCAGAGCCAGAAAAUCCUAAGGGAGUUGGUUCGCCUCAUUCUAGAGAAGGAAAUGAAUUCCAUCUUCGCGGAACCAGUAGCCCAGUCUGAUACUCUAAACCAUGAAAAGCCGACUCUCCAGAAUCCGAGUCAGUCGGUGCCAAGCAAAAGUGUCCCCGUUCCAACUCAAGGCGAAGGCUAUAACUUCGGAUCUGCUUCCCAAACAGGGAUGGCUACUUACGAGCCAGAUGGUGACGGCUCUAUGGCCCAAAGAUCUGAAGUUGGUACAGAAGUACAACAGGAUGAGUUUAUGCAAGGUACUUGGAACGAUCUUCUACCCGCAGAGGACUUCAACUACAACCAGGCCAUAUCCUCUGUUCAGCAAGUAUUCUCCCAACCUAGGCACCCGCAAGCCGCUGGUUCAGAUUGGUCUAGCUUUCCUGCCACUUCGUCUAUGUUGACUGAAUCUCUGGAGUUGAACGACGAGUCAGCCCGGCCGUUUCUCUUUGCAGCUCCUGGAAACGGCUUCCAAGGGGCUGGCCAAGCCUGGCUUUGGGAGGAUGGACUGUUGCAGCCUGUCAACACGGAUAGCGGCGAGCAGUCAACAUCAUGA